UUCUUUCUCUCUCUUUCUCCAUCAUAACCUUCACCCUAAAUCAUCAUCAACCCACCCUCGAAGAUCUCUUCGGCCUGCCUUCUCCACCCUUCUCAUUUUUUCUUCCCCAACCUUCUUUCUUCAUACAAGGGCUUCUGCAGUUGACACUCAUAACAAACAUCAGAUCUAACUUUUUCUUCACCAAAACACUCACUAGCAGAAAUGUCUGGAAGAGGAGGCACCACUCUUUACGUUACUGGGUUUUCUUCUGGUACUCGCGCCAGAGACCUUGCUUACGAGUUCGAGAGGUAUGGGCGUCUUGUCCGCUGUGACAUUCCAGCUCCCAGAACUGCUUCCUCGAGAUUGUUUGCUUUCGUCGAGUACGAGAGCCGACGUGAUGCUGACGAUGCCUAUUACGAGAUGCAUGGUCGUCGUAUUGGCCGUGAUGAUUUGUUGAAGAUUGAGUGGGCCCGUACCCCUCCUUCUGCUAGCUGGCGCUUUGAUGGUGGCCGCGAUGCUCCUCGUGGAGGUGCUCGUCGUGGUGGCUCCCCUCGCCGUGGGCGCUCUGUUUCUCGUGGCCGUGACUCUCCUCGUCGUAGUGAGCGCCGUGGUGAACGUGAUGCUAGAUCCAGAAGCCCAGGAAGAAAGGGUGAUGACGAUGUUCGUAGACCUGACGACGAUAGGGAGAGAAGCCCUCUUGCAGCCAACGGGGACGAUGCUCACCAUCGCAAAGACUCUCCUCUCCACGACGAUCUUGACACUGCUGAUCUUGCAGACUAAUGAAUGGCGUACUUGCGCCGAAUGGUGAUCUCCUUUGUCUUGAAUUGCUAAGUCUUUGCUACUUUUUCAUCGGCUCUUUUGAUUUUCUUGUCCGGUCGGCUACAGAAAACAUUUCAUGGGAAUUCAACAAAAAAAUUCAUCAUCCAGUGAUUCGGUAGUUAAUACCUUGUUUCCCCUAUCGAUUUCCGGUUUGUUUCAAAAAAAAGUGUUUUGAAUUUGUUGUGCAUCUCACUUCCUGAUAGCGGUGGAUGCGGAAGUUGGCCCGGUGUUUUUUCUUUAUCUCCUUCCUAAAUUCCCUCUAAAUCAUUUUUUUCUUCUCUUUCUGUUUCGGUAUUCUCUUGUUUUUAGUAAACUUUCGCUGCUUUUAAGUUUGUUACGUUUACCCGA